GUCUUGGACACACGGAUGAUAUCCGACCUUUUUCAUUUCAUGUGCAACAACAGUUUGAAACUGCCAAACCACUUUUUUUUCCCUCCCACGAAUUUGUUUUUGUGCUCUUCUCUUCUCCCCCCCUGGUGUUCCUAUUUUUGGACACACUUGGGUUUUAAUUUGAAGAGACAGAGUUUGUUGCCAAUCCGGGCACUCGGUUUCGCGGGUUGCAAUUUGGAUAAAUGGCAAAAGCUCCGCUACACCCAGGACCACCAAAAACACUCUCGCCAUCUGUCAACCAGACCACACAGAGACCCAGCCAGACCUUUCGGCGAACCACGCCGAUUGCUAUGCUUGUGAUGAGAAAGGUGAUCUACCAGGGUGUGGCAAAAGGCAAAAUGGCGAAAAACACGGUAGACGGGAUGAAGCAGCAAGAGAAGGCGAAUAUCGUAAUCGUCAGGUAGUCCUGCCAGUUCAAUAGAACCCAUCACGAUAGUCUUUUUUUUUCCUUGGCCCGGGUUCGCACGCAUAUAAGUAACAGGCUUUGACCUCGUCUUUUUUCUUGACAGCUCAACUCCCAAUCAUCACUACAGGUAUCCAAGCAACAAACAAGCUUAAAUCCUCUCCAUAUCCACUCCCUUACCCCGGAUUUUCAUCUCUACUAUCCCCACACCUUUUCCUCAGAUUCACAACUAUCACAAUGGGCCUCCUCACAACAACACUCACCAUCCUCGCCGCCGCCGCCUCGGUAGUUAACGCCGACGCAGCCGCCGCCCCGGCCGCGCCCGCCGCCAUCCCCCGCAUCACCUCCCUCACCUUCUCCGGCCCCGGCUGCGUCCGCGACCCAAAGCACACCGGCGGCCUCUCCGACCCAACCUUUUCCUUCUCCAACUUUGCCUCCUCCCUCCCCGGCACGACAAAGACCCUCAACUGCCAGGCCCACCUCCAAGCCGCCGGCGCCUCCCCGGGGUGGCAGGUCGCCGUCAAGACCAACAUCGUCAAGGGCAACGUCUACCUCACCCCGGGCACAUCCUUAGACUACUUCACCACCGUCUUCUUCAGCCAGGACGCCGCCAAGACUGGCACCGCCCGCGGACACAUCGCGGCCACGGACAGGACCAUCGACCAGGCCGUCACGCUCGUGAGCAACACGGGCGCGAACAAGGUCUGGUCUCCCUGCACGGGUGCCGACGGGUCGAUUGGGAUUUUGAAUGUCAACUUCCGGAGCGCGCUGAACGGGGAUGGGAAGGCGUAUUUUGAGGCUUUGACUGAGAAUUGGGAUUUGGAGUGGAGGAAGUGCUAGAGGUUGGGUGCCUUUCUGAAGGGAGGUUGAGUGUGUGUGAUUUUUUAAAUGAGCGUUUAUAAAUUGUUUGGUUAAUAUCGGAUCUUUUCUUUUGUUUUGGGCGUGGGUGGUGCAAAUUGUGGUGGGAAGGAAAGAAGGGGGGUGUUGGGGGUGGGAGGGGUGGAAAAGGGAAAAAGAAAAAUAUAUGGCAGGUGAAAAGAUGAUUUCGCUGUAGAGAAAGAGAUAAAAACUUGAUCUUGAAUACUUAUGUGGUGAGGAUGCAGGUGGCGGUGGGUGGAUCUGCAGUGCAGAGGGUGCGGUGGUCGUAGAAGUGCUUUCGUCAACUCCAGGAAUUGACCAUGAUGGACAGCAGAGAGUGAACUGAUGGAG